AUGCAAAAUCCAUCCACCCCUACAAGCAUCCUACCGAUUCCAACUCCUGCCGGUGAAGACUAUGAUGUCACAAUAGACGAGGAGAGCGCCAACAGACGAAAAGUUCUCGUCACCGUCCUUGGUCCGUUCUUCGGCAUCUGUGUCCUGAUCAUCGCUGUGUCUCUGGCCAUCCGCUACUGGAAAGAAAAACGCAAGCAAAACAACGUGAAAUCGGCCACCGAGAUGGUCCGGUGUUCAGACGGUGCAAGCUCUGUGCCGUAUUCGCCUAUUUUCAGCAAAUAUUCAAGGGACAUAGAGGCGUCUCCUUGGAAGCUCAAACCGGCACGGAACGAGCUUACUUAA